AUGACUGAAGCUACUGUCGUUUGCUCGGCUGCAGCUGAAGCUGCUGCUGCUGCUGCUUCAGCAGCAGCACCAUCAUCAUCAUCAGCAGCAGCAGGGGGCCCUUCCAGCUCUUCUUCUUGUGAGAAGAAGAAGAGGAAGCAGCAACAGCAGCAACAGCAGCAGCAACAGCAGCAGCAGCAGCAGCAGCAGCAUGUGAAACCAGCUUCUUCUUCUUCUUCAUUGAUACGGCGACGAGGAGAUAAAGAAUUGCCUGGAAGUGUUUUAUUUACACCCGACGGCAGAGUGCUGGUUAUAGAUAUAAAGAGAGAUGAAGUGCUGUUGUGUUUUCAUUUAGCAGCAGCUCAGGGUGCUGUUACUGCUUUAGCGUUUCGUAUGGAUGCUGCUGCUGCUGCUGCUGCUGCUCCUGCUCCUGCAGCAGCAGCAACUGCAGCAGCAACCCUCGUCAGCGGCAGCAGCAACGGAGAUCUCUGCGUGUGGGGUCUCAAAGAAAACCGUCUCCUGGAGACGAUCCCAGAAGCCCACAAAGGCAGCGUUGUGCACAUUUACUUCAUGCCCCACCAACCCCUCAUGAUUACCUCGGGGAGCGACAACGCGUUAGUGGAGUGGAUAUUUGACAACCCUGAUGGAAUACCGAGAGAGUUGAAGGCCCGCAGAGGCAACAUCGGCACUGUCACCCACAUGCAGUUCUAUGGGCCCGAGGGGAACCAGCUGUUGGGGGCUGGAGCUUCUAUACGGCGUUUAAAAGGGGUUGUUGAUUUAUCUUUUUCUUUUAAUCGGCACUAUGAUUGGCCGGCUGUCGUUACAGCUCACGCGAAGACACAUCCUGUCUUUGUUUGGAGUGCACACAAGAAAGCACUUGAGCCGCGUGUCUUGACGCCCCCAUCUCGCUGCGGUGUAUCUGCAGCAGCAGCAGCAGCAGCAGCAACAGCACUUUGCUGCAGCAGCUGCGGCAACUUCGUUGUAGUGGGUUAUGCAGACGGCCGCAUGCAUAAAUUUAACCUGCAAUCAUGUUUACAUCGGGGCGAGUUCUUGCGCAGCAGCAGCAGCAGCAGCAGCAGGAAGCAGCAGCAGGGAGUCGAGAAGGCGCAUAAGGGAUCGGUUUGUGGGGUUAGUAUGAUGGGGGCUUCUGUUGUUAUUUCUGCUUCUUCUGACCCUGAGGAGUGCAGCAUAUCAUACUGGGGUCUGCAGCGAGGAGAGUAUAGAAGCAGCAUAAGUUUGCUGCUGCCAGACGGUAGCAGCGGUGGAGGUAUAAGUUUUUUUAAGGUGUGGGGUGUAUUGUUAGCUGCGGUGUAUCGAUGCGGAUAUGUUUGUUUAGUAGACAGUUUAUCUCAGAGCAUUAUUCGCUUAAUAACAUCUAUUGAUUCAAAUAUACCUUUACCUACAGCUUCUUGUCUUACAUUCUCCCCCGAAGGAACCUUUCUUGCUGCGGGGUGUAUAGACAGCUCUCUUUGGGUUUAUGAUAUACUUGCUGCUUCUGUUGUUGAUUGGAUGUCGUUCAAGAAAACUGUUAAUUCUUUAGUCUUUCACCCUAACGGCGCUCGUCUAUUUACUGCACACAGCCAAACUGAGGGAAAUAUAUAUGAAUGGUACAACAAACAUGUCUUCUCUCUUUCUCUAGAAAAACCUCUCUUGCAUAAAACCCCUAAAGAGCCGAAGCUAUUAACAAGAGCAGCAGCAGCAGCAGCAGCAGCAGGAUCAGCAGCAGCAGCAGAAGAAGAAGAAGCAGAAGAAGAAGAAGAAGAAGAUGACGAGGAAGCUGCUGCUGCUGCAAUGCUAAGACAUUAUAAAAGCAAGGAAACCCCCUUAGCCCCUGGAGCACUCACACUCUCGGGUGUAUCGGCAUCUCGAUUACAUGCUAUUUUAUAUGUAGAUGAAAUUAAAGAACAGUCAAAACCCUCUUUACCGCCUGAGCCACUGCCAGACGUUCCCUUUUUUAUACCAUCGCGUUUUGAUGAAGGCGGAGGUGUAAAUACACCUGAAAAAGAAGAAGAAGAAAGCGAAGAAAUAAAGAAGAAAAAAGAAAAAAACAGCAGCAAGACCAGCAGCAGCAACAACAACAACAACAACAAAUUUAAAUCGCAGUUACAGCGAUUGCUUGCGGCAAAGACAGACAAUAAAGAAGAAAAAUAUACAAAUAUUUUAAACUUCUUUCAUAGCUGCUCUCCUACAGCACUAGCAUUGGCUAUAGGAGAGUUAGGGCCUUCUGCUAUGGGGACAGAAGAAGAGAUAUUGGAAAUGCUUCGUUUCUUCCGUUAUCAUCUUCUGUCUCGAGCGAAUGCCGAUUUUAUUCAAUGUAUCCUUUCUGUCUUUUUGAAGGCUCACACACAACUCUUCUUGCUGGACACCGAUGCAGAAGCAGCAGAAGCAGCAGAAGCAGCAGCAGCAGGAGAAGCAGCAGCAGCAAAAGAAGAAGAAGAAGAAGAAGAAGAAGAUAGUUUUUCUUCUCGUUGUUUGUCUUUAUUAGAAGAAAUACAAAAUAUUAUUGCUGCAGAUUGGAGUGUAUUAGAAGAGCAGUUUCUGCAGGGAGAAUAUACAUUAAAGUUUCUAACUCAUUUACAGACAGACUAA